AUGCCGAAGAAAGCCAUCGACUCCCGUAUACCGGCCCUGAUCCGCAAUGGCGCCCAGGAAAAGAAGCGCAGCUUCUUCGUAGUGGUCGGCGAUCGCCAAAAAGACGUCAUUGUCAACCUCUACCACAUCCUGCUGAACGUGGACGUUAAGUUGAACAAGUCGGUGCUGUGGGCAUACAAGAACAAGCUGCUGGGAUUCUCAAGUCACCGCAAGAAGCGCGAGAAGAAGAUCAAGAACGAACUCAAGCGCGGCAUCCGCGAUGUCGACACCGAAGACCCGUUCGAACUAUUCGUCUCGACGCAGAACAUCCGAUAUGUCUACUACAAGGAAACCGACAAGAUUCUGGGUAACACAUACGGCAUGUGUAUCCUGCAGGAUUUCGAAGCGCUUACGCCGAACCUACUCGCAAGGACAAUCGAGACGGUCGAGGGUGGAGGAUUGGUCAUAUUGCUGCUCAAGGGCAUGAGCAGCUUGAAGCAGCUGUACACAAUGUCCAUGGACAUCCACUCGAGGUAUCGGACAGAGGCACAUAGCGACGUGGUAGCGCGCUUCAACGAGCGCUUCCUGCUGUCACUCGGGAAAUGCGACAGCUGCUUGGUUGUCGACGAUGAGCUGAAUGUGCUCCCCAUCUCAGGCGGAAAGCAUGUCAAGCAGCUGCCUCCACCAGACCUAGAGCUGGAGGGCAAGACACCUAAGGCGAAAGAGCUGGCAGAGAUCAAGGAGUCUUUGGCAGAUUCGCCUCCUACCGGAGAUCUUGUCAAGCUUGCGAAGACCGUGGACCAGGCCAAGGCUCUUCUGACAUUCGUGGAGGCCAUCGUCGAGAAGACGCUUCGCAGCACUGUUACCCUCACCGCAGCUCGUGGACGAGGAAAGUCAGCAGCUCUUGGUGUUGCAGUGGCAGCAGCAGUAGCGCAUGGAUACAGCAACAUCUACAUCACAUCGCCCAGCCCGGAGAACUUGAAGACGCUCUUCGAGUUCAUCCUCAAAGGAUUCGAUUCGCUAAACUACGCAGACCACCAAGACUACACCAUUAUGCAAUCGACACAGCCCGACCAGAACAAAGCCAUCGUACGAAUCGAAUUACAUCGACAGCACCGACAGGUCAUCCAAUACAUCAGGCCCGAAGACUCGCACGUCUUGGGACAAGCAGAGCUUCUGGUGAUUGACGAGGCCGCGGCAAUUCCUCUGCCCCUCGUACGCAAAUUGAUGGGUCCCUACCUAGUCUUCAUGGCAUCGACCAUCAACGGUUACGAAGGAACGGGUCGAUCGCUAUCGUUGAAGCUGAUCCAACAACUUCGCGAACAGUCGCGAGGUAAAGGAAACAAUGGCUCGACCCAUGUGGUUGAUCGUUCGACUGGAAAGGAGACAAAGGACGGCAACGAGACCUCCAUGACCGGCCGAUCGCUCCGGGAGAUUACACUGUCAGAACCCAUUCGAUACGCUCAAGGCGACUCAGUGGAGCGGUGGAUGAACGAUCUUCUAUGUCUGGACGCAACACUACCCCGAAGGACGAACACGCAAGGAUGCCCGCACCCUGACAAAUGCCAACUUCUCCAUGUCAACCGGGACACCCUCUUCUCCUACAACCCUGCUGCCGAAAAGUUCCUUCAGAAGAUGAUGGCGCUGUACGUGGCUAGCCACUACAAGAACACACCCAACGAUCUCCAGCUCAUGUCGGAUGCGCCCGCCCAUCAGCUCUUUGUGCUCACGGGGCCCACAGAAGAGAACAAGCUCCCCGAGCCUCUCUGUGUGAUCCAAGUGGCGCUCGAAGGUCAGAUCAGCAGGGAGAGUGUAAUGAACAGUCUGAGCAGAGGACAGCGUGCAGGCGGUGAUCUCAUUCCCUGGAUCGUUUCGCAGCAGUUCCAGGACGAGAACUUCGCAAGUCUUUCUGGAGCUCGUAUUGUGCGGAUAGCAACCAACCCGGAGUACGUCAAGAUGGGCUACGGAUCAAAGGCGUUACAGCUUCUGGUAGACUUCUACGAUGGCAAGCUCGCCAGCUUGUCGGAAUCUGAGCCUCAGGAGGUGGAACAGAUGCGCAGGGUGACAGAGGAAGACUUGGAGAACACGUCGCUCCUACAGGACAACGUCAAGAUUCGGGAAGCCAACGAGAUGCCGCCGCUGUUUGCCCGAUUACAGGAGCUGAGGUCACCAAAGCUCGAUUAUGUCGGUGUGUCGUAUGGCCUUACAUCGCAGCUUCACAAGUUCUGGAAACGCGCAUCAUUCGUCCCAGUCUACCUACGACAAACACCCAACGAUCUCACUGGAGAACACACAUGCAUCAUGUUGCGUUCGCUCGAGACAACCUCAUCCGACGGUAGCUGGGUCGCUGCAUUCGCCAAGGAUUUCCAGAAGCGCUUCCUCUCCCUCCUUUCCUACCAAUUCCGCUCAUUCCCUUCCAUCACCUCUUUGUCAAUAGAAGAGUCCGCAUCAGCAGGAUCCAAGCUAGACGCCGACUUAGCCGCAAAACCCAUCAGCAAGGCCGAACUAGACGCGCUCUUCACACCAUUCGAUCUCAAGCGCCUGGACUCAUACGCGAACAACAUGCUCGACUACCACGUUAUCCUCGACAUGCUGCCUCCCAUCGCCACCCUCUACUUUACUGGCCGCCUCAAGGGCCAAGUCAAGCUCAGUGGUAUCCAAACUGCACUACUCCUCGCCAUUGGUCUGCAACGCAAAGAGUUCUCCGACGUGGAGAAGGAACUCAAUCUCAACUCCAGCCAGCUGAUGGCCAUGUUCGUCAAGAUUGUACGAAAGGCCGCCACAGCAUUCCGCAGCAUAGUCGAAGGCGCAGUCGAAGAAACUAUGCCCGACGCUAUGGAAGUUGAAGAGAACGGCGCUGGUGAUGAAGCUGCUGACGACGCCCACCGCUUCAUACCUCUCGAGAAGGAUCUGCAAGAGGAGCUCAGGGAGGGUGGCGAUGAGUUCCUGGCUGAGGACAAGGAGAGGCAAAGGAGCAUGAUUGACGCUCUACCUCUGCACAAAUACGAAAUCGGCGCCGGAGCCGCUGACUGGGAAGACGCCGAACGCGCUGUCAGCAACGCAGCCAAAAAGGGUGGAGCAGGCAGCAUGACCGUCGCCGUCAAGACAGGCGAGAAGAAGAGGAAAGUCGGCGAGGCAGUCGAAGAAGCAUACAAAGAAGCCGAAAAGUUCAAGGAGGGUGCUGCGAAGAAGAGCAAGAAGCACAAGUCUAGCAAAAAGGCUUGA